GGCGUGCCUGCUAAAAAGUUUCGCGUUUGGAAUCUUCGUGCUUCCCUUAAAUAUCCCCAAAAUAAACAAGAAUAUAUAAAAUAAGUGCUUUUAUUUCUCGCCUUCAAUCAAAAUGAUUGCCGACGACAGUGGCGUAAAGCAUUUUGACCGCAAGUUUGUGGCGUCCAACCUUAAGAAUCUUCUGCGCUGUCCAAAAUGCACGAAAUGUUAUACCUACUCUUAUAAUAAUAAUCAGGGAGAAGAGAGUCAUCGACCCUUUCUGCUGCCUUGUGGUCAUAAUCUGUGCGAGAGCUGCGUGUGGAGCAACCGCCAGGAUCUGAAAUGCGCCGUGUGCCAAACGCCGGCUUCCCCCAUCAUCAAGUCCAAGGAUCCGGCCAAGAAGUCCUCCGCCAAUGUGCGGGACUACUACGAGCUGAACUACCAUGUGCUGGGGGAAACCAGCAGCCUUAGUUACUUCCGCCGAUUCGCCUCGCAAACGACCAACAAAUCCCUGACCCUCAGCUCCAUCAGCGAAGAUGUUGUCCAGGCCACCAAGUGCAGCGAAUGUGGAAAUGCAAUUGCCAACGGCGAGUGCAGACAGUGCAAUGCCUCCUAUUGCCGCCGCUGUUUCGAGGCGGUGCACAACCACAGUCGCGUCCUGAAGGCGCACGUCUUCCAAGUCGCACAGGAGGCCCAGUCCCGCAAGGGAUUGCGGGUGGGCAACCAGUUCUUCACACUGCCCACCAAGAAUGAAUGCCAUCAUCACCGCAUGCCGAGGAACAUGUACUGCCUGAACUGUAAGCGGACCCACUGCCCGGCGUGCAUCUCCGUGCUUCACCGCGGGCACCGCACUAAAUCGCUCUUGGAUAUGAAUCAACGUUAUGCUUCUGAGAUCCCGACGUCCUUGGAUUCAUUGAAUUCCGCCCUGCUCAACAUCCAAAAUGGCCAGGAGGUGGUUCGAGCGGCCAAGAAGAAACUGAGCGACUAUGCCGCCGAAACGCUGGCCAGCAUCUCCAAGCGCUUCUGCCACCUGCACGGCCUGCUCCAGGUGGCCGAGCUGCAGGUCAUCGAGAAGCUGCGCGAGUCCAGUCUGCCAACGCAAAUCGAACUAAACCAAGCCAUGGGCACUCUGAGUGGCUACGAAACUGUAAUCAAGCGCUUAAAACAUUGGUUGCAAAGUGGAUCCGAGAUUAACAUGGGUGUGCCCAACGAUGUCUCCUUGAGGUGGCUGAUCGAACUGAUUGGCGACCAUAUCGAGAAGAUUCCCACUACUGUGCAGGUCAGCAAGAUCGAGGAGAAUCCCUAUCGAGUAACUUCCAGUCGUUUCUUGGACAUGUCCAAUAUAUUCAAGUGCGAGUUUGUGGACCCCAAGAUAAAAGUAAACUUCAAGACCGAGUUCGAUAUGAGUCGCAGCAUUUCAACGUCAGCCAAGGAGGACCUUAUCUUUUCCAAGUCUUCCAGCAUCAGCAUGGGGAACAUCCUCCAGCCCAAUGUUAUGUCGACCCAAAACUCGAAGCGUAAUCCAAUGGCACAAAAACAAAAGAAAAGGGCCAAAAGGGCUCAGAAGGCCAAAUCCUUUCUAAAUUCAACUGCUCCAACUUCCGAUGAGCUUGCGGCAAGGGAAUCGGAUUUCGUACAGAGCUUCUCGGCCUUGGACAUCACCAAACCUAAUCGCACAUUAAGUUCUAAGGCAGAAGACAAGGGCGAUUGGUUCAAAACCGAUGCACUGGUUAAGGUGCGCUCCGUCAAUUCGCCCGAGGAUUUCUAUGUUCAGGGCAUACAUGCUGCCCAGCGAUUGCGCGUGGAGCUGGACACCUUCGCCCAGACACUCUCGGAAAGCCGCUCCACUCCGCCGGAAAUCGUGGUGGGUCAGCACUACGUUACCUACCACAAGGAGCAGGAUCGCUACUAUCGCGCUAUGGUCAGCCAGAAGCUGGCUCCUCGGGAUACCUACAAGGUCUUUCUGCCGGACAUAGGUCUCUACAUGGAAGUGCACAGCAGCAACUUUCGAGAGGUGCCGGAGCGGCUGGCCCACCUGCCAUACUCCGCGGUCCACUGCAGCCUCAGGGAGCUGAUGCCCAACCAUGGUGGUUCGGAGUGGGAUACUAGGGCCAGCGCCUUCCUCAAGCAGAUAGUGCAGAACAAUCCCGUUCACGUGAUCGUGAAGAGAGCUCUGUCCCAUGAGCUCCACGAGGUGGACCUUAUCACCAGCAACUAUAAUACGGACAUCUCCGUGCGCGAUUCUUUUUUAUACUCUGGCCUGGCGCGCUCCCGCUGCGGCCGAGCGCAAGCCAUUGGCCAUCAGUGGCUGCAGCCUGCUCCAUCCAUGCUGCGCCUGCCCAGGAUGACGUUCCAGUUCGGGGACAUAUUGAUGAUCCAGAUGCUGCAUGUCGAGGACCCGCAGGAAUUCUAUGUUAUGCGCCACGACUUCGAGGAGAAGCGUUGCUUACUGCAGUCCAGCCUCCAGGGAUCCAUGGAUCGCAUUAACAUUAGCCAGCUGCAGAACAUUUUUCUGGGUAGACUGCAUCUCGGCUGCGUGCUGCAGUCGGAUGGGCAGUGGAAACGCGCUAGCAUCGAGCAGAUUCUUCCCGAUGGUUAUGUUCUAGUGCGCCUGGUGGACGAUGGCCCCAGCCAAAAGGUUUUCUGGGACCAACUGUUUGUGCUGCCCCAGAACUUCUGGGAUCAAGAGUUCGCCAUCAAGUGCUGCCUGGCGGAUGUGGAGACCCGUGCGGAACUGGCCUACAUGUGGACCUCAGAGGCGACGGCCUACUUCAAGCAGCUCACCUCAAAUCCCAAGCUCCACAUGGAGGUGAUCCGUUCCACGGCGGAUGUGGUAUACGUGGCGUUAAACUUCACGCGUUCUGGUUUGGAGACUACAAGCGUGGGAGUCCAACUGGUUGCCCAGGGGUACUGCAGCUCGAGCGGGGAGAGCAGUAAGAUGAAUAACCCACCCGAAACCAAACGAUCUGUGUGCCUCGACGCAGAAAUCCGCCGGCUUAUGGCACUUCAGAAGGGUCAGCCCGUGGAACUGGCUCCCUACCAGAAGGCCAAUAAAACUGAGCGCAACAAGCGAGUGAAUGUCAUCAUUCUCCACGUCCGGCAGCCCGAUGAGUUUUAUGUGACCCUGCCUCACUUUCAGCCAGCGAUCGAGCAUUUGCAAAUGGCGGUGCAGAAGGCGGCUGCAGUAAUGUAUCAGGAUACGAUGCCCAGGACCGACUGGCAGGUGGGCGAGAUGUGCUAUGUAAGAGCCCAAUCCAAGUCGGAUUCACAGCUGCUAUGGCAUCGUGGAAUAGUCACAAAGGUUAUCCCUCCUGGUAGCAAUUCCGAAUCGGUCCGCUACCAAGUGCAGUUGAGGGAUUUGGGUGAACUGGUCGAGAAUGUGACCAGCACUAGCCUGACCAUCAUUGACGAAGCCAAUAUGCGCAUCUCCAACAGCGCCAAGCGUUGUCGCCUACACGGAAUUCAAUCGGUCGGCGAUGGCUGGUCUGAAGAUGCCAUUGAAUUCUUUAUGGAUCAGCUGCAGGCCUACGAUGAAAUCUAUGUUGCCGGCAACGGGCAUACGGAGAACUCUUUGAGCGUGGUCCUCUGGGGCUCCCACACCCUAGUCAGUGGACCCUUUUCCCCGGCUCGAACUAAAUAUGUUAAUAUCAACAAGACCCUUUUGUUGGCCGGCAUGGCACAGGAGGAUCUCAAUUCCGAUCACGAGGAACAGCAGUCGAUGCUGGAAAAUACGAGCGCUCGCUCCACAGGAACCGCCAAAUCCAUCGACAUUAACGCCUGGCAAUCCUAUAUGGACAAAAUUGAUAAGAUUGAUAAAGCGAAGAACAUUGAUUCCUCAGAAUCGCCAAGAGUAAAAUCAGGCUUCAAGCAUAAUGAGGAUAUGCCUCCGCUGGAACUGCUUGAGGACUUGGGAAAAGCCAAGCAUACGAUUGGUCUGACAUCCCCUCCUGCCGGUUGGACAACGCCACGUAAGUGCGAGAAGACCAUCUUCACGGCGAUCGCCACCAAUGUGAAUUACGAGUGCUGCAUCUACUUGACUUUGGCCAACGACAAGCCCUUUCUGGACCACAUGCGCAAUCUGCUGGUCCGGAAGUACAAACCGCUAAUGACUAAGCAGCAGGAGCGCUCCACAUCGUACACGUACGAGGUAGGACAACCGGUGCUGGUCACCUAUCACAUGGACAACCUCAUCUACCGCGGAAUAGUGCAGCGUUUGCGAAACAAUUACGAUGAGUACACGGUGUACUAUGUGGACUACGGCAACAUGGAGCAGGUGAAGGCGGAUGAGAUGCUGCCAUAUGCCCCGUUCCCGGAACUGAACGCCAUGUGCUUCCUCGUGGCGAUACACGGAGUGCGAUCGAAGCAGGGAAAAUAUUCGGUUAAGGAAAUGGACACAGUCCACCAGACCUUGGUCAUGAAGCUUAGUAGUGUGCGUAUUGUGGACUCCAAGGGAAUGGGUCACAAAAAAAUACCCACAUGCCAGAUCAAGGUGGGCAACUUGGACAUUGCCACCAUGAUGAUAGAGAGCGGCAUAUCCCUUCCAACCGAAACGCCAAAAAGCAGCCAAAAGUCUACUUAUAUCCCCUCGGAAAAAGCACUCGAGGAGUUUAAGGUAUUCGACGAACUGGAGAACUUGGCUUCCGUGGAAUGUGUAUUAUCAGACGAUGAUGAGCCUAAGACCCAGCGUAAAGGAGGAACUAUUUCGCCACCGCCUACCAAGAAAAAAUACACGGUAAACAGUAAGGAAGUAGAGGCCUUCGAGUGCGAUCAGGACUUCGAUUGCCAGCAGGCGGCGGAGGAGAUGUACCUCAACAAUAGUUUAUUCCUCCCCGACUUUGAUAAAUUCGCUGGCGAAGGUGCAGAGGAAUCGGGACUGGAUGGUUCGGAAGAUGAGAUGUCAUCGAAAUCCUCUGAAAGUAAAGAGAUGGAGCUGGAUGAGAAAUCGGAAGACAGUCAGAUGGAGCCGCUGAAUUCAUUGGCCGCAACUCAGUUGAAGCGCCGCAUUGAACUGCGCCAAAAGUCAAUGAAAGAUAAUGUCAGCUUUUCGCCCAUGGACACUUCAACAGUUCGAUCUUACUACGAUGCUAGUGGCAGCUUCAAGACCCUGAACCUGCCCAAUGGGGUGAAGCAGUUCCAGUGCACCGUGGACAGCGUCCUUUCGGCCACGGAGCUGCAGAUCGCUCCAUGUCUCACGGAAUUCACUAAGUACGACAUCAGCCUGGUCCAGGAGACGAGCGCCUUGAUCAAGGAUGCGGAACCGCUGAAGAAUCCCGGUUUGGGUGACUUGUGUCUGGCCCGCUACUCGAAGGACAAGCAGUGGUACCGGGCCAUCAUCAAGGAGAUUCCUCAAUUCUUUCCCACAAACACGCCCCAGGCUACCGUCUUCUACAUCGAUUUCCAUGACACAGAGAAAGUUCCGUACAACCACCUGAAGGUAAUGCCCAAGCAGUUGUUCAUGUUCCCACUGCGCUCCUUCCGCGUCAAAUUGCACGGCGUGAAGAAAAACAAGAACUUCGGAGACAAGUCGGUGCGCCAAGCCUUGCAGGCCUGCCUCUGCAAGUACCCAUUGGUUUAUGCCCGGGUCCACUAUCCCCUGAACUACCACUCCAACAAGAUGGACCGCUCCGACAGAGAGUCCGAUCUCAUCGAGGUGGAGCUCUUCGAGAAUAGACACAAAAAGAAGCUGGUGUACCAGUCCCUCUGUGAAAACUGGAUGUUCCUGAAGAGAACCUAAUGUGGCGACAAGCCAACCAUAGUGUAAAAAAUAUUUUUAUGCUCAUUAAUUAUAAUCAUCAAGGACGACUGAAAAAGACUACAUAACUGAAUAUGUACCAAAGUAUUACUUUAUAUUUAAAUUUCCUCAUCGAGUGUUCAUAUGACCAUUAAAAUAAUUUAAUUUAAUAAAAGGCCAUUGUACACCAAGAAA